CCCCACUUCCGCUUGCCUUCGGAUCUGCUAAGGCAGGUUUCUGCGUCUGCUGCCGCUUGUUCCGCCGCGCUCCAGGUAAUUUUUUCUGAAGGAAAGCUGCCUCCUUAUAUGUUUCAAGAAUGGCUCUCCCUAUCAUCGUAAAGUGGGGAGGACAAGAGUAUUCAGUGACCACACUUUCUGAAGAUGAUACUGUGCUGGAUCUCAAACAGUUUCUCAAGACCCUUACAGGAGUACUGCCAGAACGCCAAAAGUUACUUGGACUCAAAGUUAAAGGCAAACCUGCAGAAAAUGAUGUUAAGCUUGGAGCUCUCAAACUGAAACCAAAUACUAAAAUCAUGAUGAUGGGAACUCGUGAGGAGAGCUUGGAAGAUGUCUUAGGUCCACCACCUGACAAUGAUGAUGUUGUCAACGACUUUGAUAUUGAAGAUGAAGUAGUUGAAGUAGAGAAUAGGGAAGAAAACCUACUGAAAAUUUCUCGCAGAGUAAAAGAGUACAAAGUGGAAAUUUUGAAUCCUCCCAGGGAAGGGAAAAAGCUUUUGGUACUAGAUGUUGAUUACACAUUGUUUGACCAUAGGUCUUGUGCAGAGACUGGGGUAGAAUUAAUGCGGCCAUAUCUUCAUGAAUUCCUGACAUCUGCAUAUGAGGAUUAUGACAUUGUUAUUUGGUCUGCAACAAAUAUGAAGUGGAUUGAAGCUAAAAUGAAAGAACUGGGAGUGAGCACAAAUGCAAAUUAUAAGAUUACCUUCAUGUUGGACAGUGCUGCAAUGAUAACAGUGCAUACUCCAAGGAGAGGAUUAAUAGAUGUAAAGCCUCUUGGUGUUAUAUGGGGAAAGUUUUCAGAGUUUUACAGCAAAAAAAACACCAUUAUGUUUGAUGACAUAGGAAGAAAUUUUCUAAUGAACCCACAGAAUGGAUUAAAGCCCCAGGGCUUAAGCAAGACCCUGUAGAGCAGCUUCUUGAUCCCCCACAUUCACUACUGCUGUUGUGAAACAUCACUGCCUGCACUACCUGUCUGGAAGUGGGAUCUCCUGCAAGUGCUGGUUUCUGAGCAGACUCACUCUGGCAGCUCUUAUUGGUACCCUUAAAGCAACACGGGAGCCCAGUUAACAGUUUUGGAGGUCUCUGGCACCAACUUGUUCUGAUGAAAAGUAGAACAUCUGGGAAGAUUUUCUUCUCUCCAUUUGAGGCUGGUGGUGUGUUUUUCCAAUGACAGAAGAAAAACACAGUUGGUCCUUUGUAUUCUUAGGUUCAGCAUCCGUGGAUUCAACCAACUAUGGAUCGAAAAUAUUCAAAGACAAAAACAAUAAAAAUAACGAUACAACAAUAAAAAAAAUUACAAAUAAGAAAUACAGUGUAAUAAUUAUUUACGUACCAUUUACAUUGUAGUAGGUAUUAUAAGUAAUCUAGAGAUGACUUAAAGAAUAUGGGAGGAUAUGAGUAGGUUAUUUGCAAAUACUAUACCACUUUACGCAAGGGACUUGAGCAUCUGUGAAUUUUGGUAUCUGGGGGGGUGGGGGCUCCUGGACCCAAUCCCCCAUGGAUACUGAGGGAUAAUUAUAUAUAAAAAUAUAUAUUUAAAGUCUUCUGUACUCUUUAUAGAUAUGGUAGCGGACUUCUUUUGGCUCAUUGCUCUUGCUUCUCAGUGAGUGACAAUGAUUAAAUAUCAUCCAUUUUUCAAUGUUACUCUGUAAAAUUAAUAACUGAUGGCCAACUUAAAUUUUCUCCAAAUCCAAAUAAGGGUAUAUUAAUAUGUUGCUAAGUAUGAAUUAUUCAGUCCUUACACAUGUGCUUUAGGAGUAUGUGUGAUUUUUUUUUUUAAAAAAAGACUACUCGUGACAGAAAAAUUAGAAUAUAAACUGAACUACAUAGAAUUGUAUAAUCAGCCCCCAGGUAUGUAUCAUUCAAUUCACACAACUUAUUAAUUCAUGGAUGAUUAUGUUCUAUACCCUAUCUACUUCCCCCUUUUUGAUAUUUUGAAGCAAAUCCAAGACAUAUCAUUUUAUCUAAAAUUAAUUUAAAAUUUUUGAAAGGCUAUCUUGAAUUAUAUAAAACUAUUUGAGCUGAUGUCUUUAAAAAAAAAAGCAAAACACUUUUGGAGCUAUAACAUAAAGAAAAAUGCAUAACAUUUAUAGUUUAACAAAUUGCUGUAAAGUUAACUCAUGUAACUACCACCCCAAUCAAGAUAUAAUAUUCUUUGGUAAUUGCAAUCCCCCCUCACUGUCUACUAUUUUGACCUUUGUAGUUUGAAGUGAUGCUUUUUGAAUGAAUGGUUUUCAUCAUAAAAUAUAUCAACCUUAAAAAUUUGGAAAAUAUGACUUUAUGGGAAACUCUUAAUUAAAAAAUGAUUUUUACAGGGAAUUUAAUGAUAAAGAAAACUGCUUAUGAUAAAAAGUGGGAGAGAACAGGUUAUAUAAAUGUAUAGCAAUGUCUCAGCUCUAUAAAAAUUUCAUAGAAAAAUAUGGAAAUGAAAAUUAUUAGUGUUAGAAUUUAUCUCACUCCCCUGUUAGAUCCAGCUUGUGAAUUCACUUUUUGUGAGUGAAAUAAAGUGAAUGAAAUUAAUUAGUAAGAAGGAAAUACAAUGAUAGGAGGAGGAAAAGUCUAAGUAGUGUUGCAGAGUGGAGUAGCCACAUAGGGGUUCAAGUGCUGAAAGAAAGUUGGUGAUUUGCCAGGCUAAAACUGAAAAGGUAAUGUUAGGUAAAACAGGAAGAGCUUUUAAUUUGUAUUGUAAACAUUUUACAUGACUUUCUAUUUGUUAAACUUAGCCCAGUGUAAAAGUGAUUUUUAGUAUUUGUGUCCUUGGAGAUAUUUUAGCCUCAUUAACUCUAAUUCAAAUGAUGGAAUAGUGUAAAUUUGUGUUAAUUUUUCUUAUUUGUGAAGUAUUGAGUAAUAUUUUUUUCCUCAUAGAUAAGGCCUUUUAUGAAAGCACAUCUAAACCGGGAUAAAGACAAGGAACUUUUAAAAUUAACUCAGUACCUCAAGGAAAUAGCAAAAUUAGAU